AUGGGCUCUAUUGAAACAAAAUCUGAGAACGCGCUGCAAGACAUGCUUCAUACCACUGAUUCACUUGCGGCACUAGAGAGCGAUGAGCAGAGACAAGCUCUCGAUAUCGUCACCCAGCUCCGCAAGUGCGGCCUUGAGAGCGUGCUUUCGCUCCCCCAACUAGUGGUCUGCGGCGAUCAGUCUGCGGGGAAGAGCUCUGUCCUCGAGGCACUCACCGAAAUCCCAUUUCCAAGAAAUGACAAUCUCUGCACAAGGUUUGCAACUGAAAUCAUUCUUCGUCGAGCCCCAACAAAUUCCCUGCAGAUCAAGGUGAUACCAGAUCCCGAGAGGCCGGCCUCAGAACAAGAAAAUAUCAGGGCUUUUAGCGAGGUUAUCACCAAUUUUGAUGAGCUCCCAUAUCUAAUGGCAAAAGUCACAACUCUUAUGGGAAUUGACGCUACUGCCGAUGCAAGCCGUCCGCGCCGUGCCUUUGCAAAAGACACUCUCAGCAUGGCCAUCGAAGGCCCACAGCGUCCGCAGCUCACCGUG